GGCAGCACCUGGUACGACUCAGCCAACUUUGGCGAGGCUGUUAAACGCGCCCUCAAAAACCGCAGUGCUAUCGAGGAAGCGUAUAUUAACGUUGAAGAUCAGAUCAAGGAUCAGCGGAGAGUUGAGUCUUGUGGAGAAAGAAGUGAAACGGUAGAUGUUGCUGCCCCAUCUCCCUUGCUAUCCCUCUUCUCUGUUAUACCUUGGAAUAAGAAAACCAAGAAGAAGCCGCUUGAAGAGCUACUGAAGGAAGCUGAUGAUCUCCGGAAGGAGUUGAUGUUCAGCAAUAAUCAGGUUGACCGAGAGUGGGAGCGUUGGCAGUCAUCAAGAGUGGAGGAAAUGGCAAUGAACAUGGCCACUCUGACCAGUGCCUACAUGGAGUACUGGUGUGGCGUCGCCAAAGCCUGGCGUGAGACUGUGGUUCACUUACAGCAAACGCGUCAAUUAUCACCAAAAUCUGUCUCCACUGUUUCAUUACCAAGCACUGGAGAAUCCUGUGAUUACCAGAUGUGA